AUGAGUCUGUACGGGUCUCAGAAGGCUCUCAACAUGAGCGGGACUGUCAUCAGGUCCGGGUCCAGAGGCGACCUAACCGGAGGCAUGACCCAGCAGUACGCGCGGAGCGAGGUCAUACGCGGAAGCGGUAAUGGAUUCGAUCCCUACAUGGAAGGAUACAACACCUACACCUUCUCCAAGUCCUCCAUGGGCGGCAUGGGAAGCGGCGGUGGCGGUAUGGUGAUGAGCGGCGGCGGCGGCGGCGGUGGUGGAGGCGGUAUGAUGAUGAGCGGCGGUGGAGGCGGCGGAGGCGCGAUGAUGAUGAGCGGCGGAGGCGGCAUGAUGAGCGGUGGAGGCGGAAUGAGGUACGACUCCAUGAUCGUUACACCUAUUUAACCUUUGACCCCUCUGGCUGACACCUGUUACCUCUCUACAGUCGAUCCAGGAACUUCUUGUCAUGAAAUAUUAAUCCUGACAGAUGAUCAUAUCCCAGCAUUCACUCGCUCCUCCUGCACACCCUGAGCACACACACACAGAUCUGACAUUUGCAGUUCAAACAGAUAAUUUGCUAAAAUAAAUAUUUCCAGGAAGCAUAAUUACAGAAAAAUAAUCCUCCUCCUCAAACUCUAGACUUUAAAGUUGGACUUUACUCUUGUUGUUCUCUCUUAACUCCUCUCUCCAUGUCUUCAGUUUACUUAAAACAGACCUGGUGUGUGUUUGCCAAGGGAGUAACCUCAUUAUCUGACUCUAAUGUUACAUAAUUAAGAAGUGGCAGUGACAAUAGAGGAGGAUUACACUCUUAGAUGUGUCUCAGUGUUGAAUUGAAGCUGCUGCUGUGUCUGUUUCUGGUGUUUCACAGCAGCUUCCCUCCCUGGAGAGAAACACCGAGUGUGAUUUAUCGCUCACACUGAACUGUUAAGUUCCCUCUGCUGCAACAGUUUAACACACAGUAACCCCAGAAACGUCUGUGUGUCAUUUUUAGACCAUCCACACUGUCACCCACAGGAGAAACAUGUCGCUGUGGGGACAGAGGGGCCUGAUAUGGACUCCUACAUACUUUAUAUGAGGUCAAAGGUGAUGGUUUAAUUCUGAGUUUCACCAAAACAACCAAACUGUGGCGGUUUUUAAAGAGAAAGCCAAUUCUAGAUGCUUGAAAAGACGCCCUUCACUUAUAGCCAGCUGAUGUGACCUUCAUCAGGUAAAUGCAAACUAUGCAGCUCACUUUGAGAUGCGAAAUAGUGCCAAUAAACCCAGCAGGGGGCGCUCCAGAUUUAAAGUGUGCAGCACUUUCAGCACUGUCUCCAAUUUAUGUCAAAACCAUGCACCUACAGAGAGAGAGACUGCAGUUUCAGGACUGCAAUUCUGGGCCCACAUCUACACAUGGUUAGACGUAAAAUAUAGUUAAUUUAAGACCCUAGAAAAGGUCACUGUUGGACCUUAAAAACAAGCUGUUGGUCACCAAGUCGUCAGGGUUUGACCUGCUGAAUACUAAAACUGUGACUGAUAAAUACGACAAAUGCAGCCCUCGCUAAUCCCAGAAAUGAGGUCUUGAAUCUGCAGACUCUGGGCCUGCAAGACUAUGCAACUACAUGAGAUUCAUUGACAGAAUGGAUCUCGAUUUAGUCUUAAAAAACCCAAAUCGUCCGCUCUCUCUACUCAUUACAAACAUGCUGUUACCCUCCACUUUGUUCUUAUUCCAAAUCUUGGACAGUAAAACUGGCGCAGAGGUAAAUCGCUGCACUUUUCCCCCUCUCUCAGUUGAGGUGUGUUAGUUUUAAAGAAGGUUAUUAUAAGACACAUUCUGCACAUACUGUAUCUGAAGUGAUUAGUGACAAGAGUUACGCCUGAAGGCAUGAAGCGCUUUGUGAAGAAACAGCGUCUUUAUUGUUCGCUUGUCAAGUGAAAACCAUUCAUCAAAAAUAUCGUGUUUAUUUACAGAUAGAGUCACGGGCUGGCACGUCGAUCUCACUUUUACUUUCUCUCCAGUUUUGUUCGUAUCAGCUGUGAAGAGACUUUUGAAGCUUCAUGCAUCAAAAUGGGUUCUUUAUGCAUGAAUCACAUCUGUUUGACCGUCUAACCUAACCGCCUCGUUCUCACGUUCUGAUUGGUCCAAGAUACAAAACCCUCUUUAUCAAUGAUCCCUUUGUUAGAGCUGUUUAAAGCGCUUCACUGGAACCAGCGAACACACAUAUGGGAACUAAAGAAAGGACUUCUGUUAUUUUACUACAACCAGAUUCUGAAUUUAUUCAAAGUCAGCUCACAAAUGCACUUUGCAAGAAACUACACCUUAAAAAAACACAAAUAUGAAUCAAUAACAACACUGAAAUUCUUAAAUGUCUUGUUUUUAUGCCUGCAGACACACAUGAAAAUAACAAAACCAAUUAUCUCACAAUAGAAACCAAAGUUAAGACCGGCUCAGAGCCUCCUUUUCAUGUUUGUGGGGCCAAGUUUGCAAAAAUAAAAUCCUUUGCAAGUCAAAUUUAAAUAAAAAUUAAACAACCGCUCACAAUUCUAGAUUUUGCAUCAUUUUAUCACCUUCUGAGACACAAAAUAAACUCUGCCAUGUCUGUUUUUAUUCAUCUGAAAAACCUUAGAUAAGAAGUUUUCAGCUUCAAAAUCAAACCUAGGAUGUUUCUCACAGCCCUCAAUCAAAACAAACUUUAGGAGUUUGAUGUUGUGAUACUUAAGGAUUUAAAAGUUUAUUCGGUGAGCAGAUAGAGAACAAAAACAACCAGCAUACCUGUAAUAUUUCCCUGGACACACCUUUCUAAAUUGAUGCAGCUCAGAGUCGUAACAAAGAGCUUUAAGUUGAUGAGUUUCCUCUGCUGCCCCCUGCAGUGCCUCCAACCUCGGCUCCAUCCACCAGAGAGCCAUGAUCCUGCAGGGUCAGUGCCAGGACUACCUGAAGAGAGCUGAGUUUGCCCUCCAGGUAAGGAGUCACAGUCUGUUUGGUCGCUCUGCUUAUUGACUCAUGUUUCCUGGAGAGGUGUGCAAAUAAAGGCCUGAGUGUCAGAGUUCGUUCUGCAAAACAAAAACUCAUCCAGCUUCAGAAAAAUUACAGAUGAAAACUGAGUAAGUGGAGGAGUUCGCUCUUAUGUGAUUCAGGCUGACAAAGUAUUUCUUUACCUCUCUGUUGGAGCUGGAUUUUUUUGAGUCGUAUUUUAACUCUAAAUGAAUCCAGCGACGGCUGCACGUCGUUAGAGUGAGCUCUGCAAACAUUUACAUAACAUCGCACACAUGCAUCUCCUCAGCGUUUUGUUGAGCAACGACUAGUGAAUUACAUGUUUGCUGUACAGUUUGACACGAGAGCAAAAAAACAGGCCAUCAUUUUUUUUUUAUGCUGGAAUGUCGUCUGUGUGAUUUAUUAGUUUGUUUACCAGCGACCCAACCUCACGACAGUUUUGAAAUGCUAAAUGUCUUCUCUGUGACCUCCUUUUUCCCGGGAUCUGGAGGUUUUCUGCAUGUCAAGACAAAUCUACUUUAGAGUCAGUUCGACAGAAAAACCCAGAGUGUUUUUAACCACGUGAAAAAACAUGCAGAGGAAAUCCUUACCACCUCCAGUUUCAAGAUUUAAAACUUUAAACUUUUAGAGCUUCUUUUGUAAUCUUUGCGGAUGUUGUGUUCGUGCAGCAGGGCGGUAACGCAGGUGACGCGGAGCGCUACAUGGCGAUGGCCAAGGAGACCAUUGAGCAGCUGAAGAGCUGCGCCUUCGACCUGAGGCAGAUGGGACAACCCAACGACAACGUGGUCAGGACGUAAGGAAGACCCCUCUCACCGUUUACAACUUCUACAUUUUACAUUCGUUGACAUACAGAAUAGAGUUUGAAAAUGUCCUCUUUCUCUUCCCGUACCCUCCUCAGUCUGGAGAUGUGCAAAGACCAGCUGAAGGGCGUCCACAUGGCCAUCUCAGGCACCAUGACCAGGAGGAGGAGCAACAGAGGGAGCGCUAGUGGCUGGGAGGAGCCUUCGAGGAGCUUCCAGGACGCCAUGGGCUGGAUUUCACAACAAAAGGUUCGAGGCCAACACACACACACACACACACACACACACACACAAACACACACUUGGAGAGCUCUGCAGUGCUUCUUCUUGCAGGGUUAUGCAGAGCUGCAGGGUUUAUGAAGUCCUCAGAAAAAUCUCGAGAGUCGGUGUGAUUCAAAUCUUCAUCUUUUACCUCCAUCGGGAUCCUGUCACCAUCGCUGAUACACAGCAGAUGUAAACGUCAAUUAAACUUAAAUAAUAUAGAUUUUUUUUGUGUGUUUUUAUUUUAGGAUUUGAUUUAAAAGGGGUCCUGAAUAUAAGGACAUUUUAAUCUCACUGUAUCAAGAAGAAACAAAGCGGUAGAUUUAUACAAUAUGAGACAUUUGAAAGAAUAGAUUCACACCCUUUCUGCUGUUAUCGUACCAUGCAUGUUUGUUAGUGAUGCCAAAUAGUUGCACAAAGACAAAUCUGUUAGCCUGAGUGCAUGGUGCAAAAAUAGUUUUCUCCAAAUCUGUAAAUCUGGUGAGUUUCUCCUUCAGUAGAGUCAGAAGAGCCUCAUCGUCCUAAUAUGCAGCAAUUCCCUUUAAGAGUGAGGAUGUUUAGAUCAGACUUCAGUGCAGGAAUGACUAUUUUAAUCCCUAAAUCAUAAAUGUUUUACAGCUUGAUUUUACUCUCAUGUCUCUGAUUUUAUUUUUGCAUCAGUUUUCUGAAAAACAGAAACGUGCAUGAGUACAAAGAUGUGAAUUUUUUAUGUUUCCUGCUCUAUAAAGCCCUUUGUGAGGCCAUUUUUAAAUGUCAUUCAACCCAAAAGCUUCAUUAAAGUUGGCCUUUUCGAUUCAGAGAAAGGAUUAAACUGUAAGUGAAGAGACUGACGGAUCUCAUUAGAGCUGAACUCUGUGCCCACAAAGUGAAGUUCAGGCAUGAAAGCAUUCCUCUGCUGUGAGCUGUCAGGGACUCUGGUAGAAAUCACUGCUAUUAUCUCUGACAUUAGGGACAAUGAACCAGAAAUUAAAAGGAGAACACACAAGAAGACACAAACAGGACUGAGAGGAAACAGUAAAAGAGGGCUCGGUUCGUCUUUAGUUCUCAGCGUCAUUUUCUUGCGGUAGAUUCCUGAGAUGUUUUCUGCAAGUUUCCUCCGUCGACUUGUUGCUCUGCCUCCACCUGCUGGUGCAAACCUGAUCCUCGUCUCCUCUACAGCUGCUCCGAGUGUUUUAAGAUUAAAACUCACUCCUGUGUGUCUGUUCGGUGUUUCAGCGCCUGAUUGAAACCGCGUCCUGGGGCGACGAUCCUGCAGCCAUCGAUCAGCAGCUCAUCAGCCACCAGAGGUUUCACAGCUCCAUCCAGAGGAGCCCUGAGGUGGACCGGGCCAGAGAUGACCUGGUGGGUUGAUAACACACACUGAUGGGAAAAUUCACAACCACUCGAGCAAACAUUUCAGGAUAUUUGAGCUUCCUGUUUUUGUCCCGCAGAUGAAAAAAGGCGACAAAGGGAAUCUCCACGCUCUGGACCAAGAAUGGGACAGUCUCCAGGUACGCAAAGAGAUAAAAACUGAACUUUACCUCCAUGAUAUUUUACUUCCCAUGUACUUAAAUUUCCUGUUUUUGUUCCCCGUGUUAGAAAUUGUCAUUCGGGCGGACCCAGCAGCUGCAGGACCUGCAGCAGAUCAUCCAGGAGAUGUCCAGAGAGAUCAUGUGGGUGAACGACAGAGAGGAGGAGGAGCUGGUGUUCGAUUGGGGAGAGAAAAACAUCGACACGUACAUCCCCAAGAAGCAGGAGAGCUACUCGGUCAGUGAAUGCUCCAUAAAUCUGAUCUGAUUAUAAUAUUUUGGAGUUUGAUUCGUGCUGAUUAUCAUUCUUGGCAAUCCUGUGAGUCUAAAUUACUCUGAUUCCUCUUUGUGAAGUUAAUCUGCAUCUCAUCCGGGAGUAAUCAUCCGUGAUAGAUUUGAUUUUGGCAGCUGCAGUCACUCAUCCUCUGAAAGCGAAGCUGCAGAGCUCCUCUUUCUGAACCUCUUCUUCCUCUCCGACAGAAACUGAUGAGCGCCCUGGAGGACAAAGAGAAGGACCUGAACAAACUGAAGGGCAAAGUGGACACCCUCCUGAAGAACAACCAUCCAGCUGCAGACAAGAUCGAGGUGCGGGUUCAUCCAAUCAUCACGCCGAAGUAUCAUUAUAAGUGUGUUUUGAGGGUCAGACCUGUGUGUGAAUCUGUGUGUGUGUGAUUUCAGGCCUACAAGGACACUCUGCAGACUCAGUGGAGCUGGCUCCUUCAAAUCACCAAAUGCAUCGACACUCACCUGAAGGAGAACGCGGCUUUCAGCCAGGUAACAGGAGCUUCUCAGAUCAUCCAAAUAUAAUCUCCAAAGUACAGUCCAAACUCUGUGUCUCCAAGACUUCAUCCAAAACAUGAAACAUCUGUCGACAGUUCUUCAAAGAGGCCAAUGACACGUACAACGCCCUGCAGAAGGAGCACGAGACGGUGCGUAAGAAGUUCAUCUGUGACAAGGACACGUCUCUGGAGGACCUGCUGGAGCUCCUCAGGGGACUCGAGGUACAUCAGCUUCUUACGGCGAGGCUUAAACCUUCAGCCUGUUAUUAUUAUUUGUUAGGUUAGAUCUUUAUAUGUAAUAAUUGUCUACAUUGGUAAUUUUGCUGUUUUGUCCAACGUCAGAGGGAGAGGGAGAAGAUCAUGGAAAACAAGAGGCAGGUUCAGCAUCUGGUCAGCAGGUCAAAGAGCAUCGUGAGGCUGAAACCCAGAAACUCUGAAGAGAAGAGCAGCAGCCCGGUCAUCGUCAAGGCGCUGUGUGACUUCAAACAAGACCAGGUAGGACUUCUGAUGACCUUCAUUCAGCCUCGUAAAUAAAACACAGCUGACUCUUACAUGUGCAGACAUCUGCAAUUAAAUGAGUGCAAAUUCAGGAUUGAUUGAUUGAUUGAUAAACUCACUUCCGUCUGGCUCCACAGAAAAUAAUCUGUAAGGGGGACGAGGCGAUCCUGAAGGACAACAGUCAGCGCAGUAAGUGGAACGUCACCGGCCCUGGAGGACUGGACAUGAUGGUUCCCUCUGUGUGCCUCAUCGUACCUCCUCCAAAUCCGAUCAGCGUCAGUUUGGCCAACAAGUAAGAAAACACCAAGACGAUAUAAAAAGACGAUCAAUAUGUUUGAUAUGUUUUAAAGAGUUGUCUAUGUGUGAUUUAAAGGAACGAGCAGUACUACGAGGCCAUCCUGUCCAUCUGGAAUCAGCUCUACAUCAACGUCAAGAGUCUGGUCGCCUGGCAGUACUGUCUCCUGGAUAUCAAGCACAUCAACUCCCUCACCAUCUCCAUGGUAACCCUAAAUUUCAAAAUAAUGCUGCGUUCAAGUUACCUCAGAAGUCAGAUGUUGGAGCUGAAAAUGACGUCACACCUGAGUUCCCAGCAAUUCAGUUACCAAGUACCGAAAGUCAUUUUAGCGCUUGCCCUGUCUGAAUAUAAGGCAAGCACUAAAAUAAUUUUCGUAGAUGUAGCCAUCUUGUUUCCGCCUCUGAUUUUGCCUUUUUCCGACUUGGUAACAGAAACCGCACGUCAUUUUCAGCUCCGACAUCUCACUUCCGAGAAAGCUCCUGUGAGGAACUUUUAGCUAUAGCCAAAUGGUGUGUUCCAGUUGUACUUGAAAGUCGGGAUUUCUGAGCUCUGGGUCAGAACUUUCAAUCGGAACGACUCCCAAGGCCACAUUUCCGGCUUGGCGGUGCUGGUUGUAAACAGCUACCUUCCUCGCCUUUGCGUUUCCUCUUCAUCCACCAUGUUUGCAGGUUGCAGAAGGACGGCAUAUUUGUCCAGAGGUUGUUCAUAUCAGACAAGGAGAAUAUUUUGUAGAUUGAGCCAUCUUGGUUCUACUUCCGUUUUUGGCCGUUGGCUACUGUUUUCCGACUUUGUAACUGAAACGCUGAUAACUUUUGUGUGACGUCAUUUCCACUUCCGACUUCCGAGGUAAAUGGAACGCACCAAAAGUAAUCCUUUCUGUUUUACACAACAUCAUUCUGCAGAUAACAGCUGCUCUGACACUGGAGAGCCCACAUAUCGAAGUGAAAUGUUUGGACUGAGUCUUGUCUGCUCUCUGAGCUCUUUGAUAGAUGAUGUGUGUGUGUGUUUCUGUGUCCAGUUGGCCAAGAUGCGUCCUGAGGAGUACCGCCAGCUCAUCAAGAGUCUGGAGACUCACUUUGAGGAGUUCAAGGUGAGCUGCGUAGGCUCCCAGAUGUUUGGAGACGAGGACAAGAGGAACAUGGAGGAACAAUUCAACGGAGCCCAGAACCACUAUGAGACCCUGGUGGUGCAGCUGCCGACGUACAGUCAGUAUUCCUUUUUGUUGUGUUUGCAUGAAAAUAACCUCAACCAACACAGGGCUCUGGACAUGUAGAGCCAAAGGGUUUUCUUCAUGACACAUUUUCUUCACUCUUCCACUCUCAGUUAUUCAGGAGGAUUCAGCAGGAUCCGCUCAGGCAGUCGAUCUGCAGCAACAAGAGCUGCUCCAGCAACAGGAGAUGAUGCGCCAACAGGAGCUGCUGCGCCAACAGGAGCUGCUUUUACUACGACAGCAAGAAGCGGAAGCGGAGGCCAGGAGGCGGGAGGAGGAGGCCAGGAGGCUGGAGGAAGAACGGCGUUUAGCAGAGCUGAAAAGACAGGAAGAGAAGAGAGCAGAGGCGGCGAGGAGAGAGGCCGCAAAGAAAGAGGCGUCUAGGAAAGAGCAGACGAUUAGGAAGGAGUCUGCGAAGGGGGUAUCGGCACUGCCGGGGAAGAAGAAGGUGGUGACGCAGACCACUGUGUCAUCUUCCCACAGCUUGUCUGACCUGCACGCGCUCAGACUGAGGCUUGACGGUGCUGAGGACACGCUGAGUCAGCAUGUGCAUAUCUGCCUGGGAGACGAGGGGGUGCAUGACUGCGGCCUCAAGAUCUCACAGCUGGAGGUAGACGCAAGAACCCAGACAUAAAAACACAUCUUUAAAAAACACAGUUAUAAACCACAAUAACCAUGUGUGUCCAUGAUUCCUUCAGACGGUGCAGAGGGAGGUGGACUCGAUGCGCGAGGAGUUCUUGCGUCUCAGAGAUCGAAUCACGAAGGAGCUGGAGGGCAUGAAUGAUUCCGAUAAGGCCCAGUUCCUCCGCAGUGAGAUUGGAGUCAUCAACCAAAGACUGGGAGGUCUGGAGAGCAGCUCCUCAGCUUAUCUACAGCGGUAUGUGUGCCGCAAAAAAAACACUCUUUUAAAAAAAAUCUUUAAAAACAAAUAUGAAGGUGAAACUGACUGGAAGCUUCAUGUCAGUUUGUAAUUGAAAACUCUUUAAGGGCGCCAAUAAUCAAUGUUUAUUUUUGAAUUGAUUUCCACAUUAGACAAAUUUCUUUCUUAGUUUAACUUUAAACGGAGCAAACCAAUGUGACAAACUGAAAUCACUGUUAACAUAAAUGUAUUGAUCUCCUCUUUCUGUCAGGCUGCGGGCUCUAAGGGACAUGCUGGAGAGCGUGGCUCGAGCUGAAGACAUUGUGAAAGUUUAUGAGGCGAGACUUACAGAGAAAGAGACCACCUCUCUGACUCCCAGUGAAGUGGAGGAGUAUAUUCUGGCCCUGAGGGUAUUUUUUUACUGUUCUUCAUCUGCAGAAAAAUCCUUGACAUGUGUUUCUGGAAUAAAAAGCCUCAUAAGAUUCUGAGUCCAUCGUCUCUUUAACUGUCCUUUUCAUUCGAGCCGUAUUUUCUUUGUGUGUCUGAUUUAUAGAACAUGAAAUCAGACCUGGACAUGAAGAAAGAUGUUCUGAGUGCCAUGGAGUCGGAGCUGUCCAAGGCAAGUCACUGGAACGGCCAGGUGGGGGCGCCCUUCCACAGGUGCGACAUGAUGCUGUCCAAAUACACCGAGCAGGUGAACCUGCUGUCGGACCGCUGGAGACGAAUCCUUGGACAGAUUGACACCAGGUAUGACCCUCUAUCUAUGCCGGCGAGGUAAUUCUUAAAACUGCAGUUCCUCUAGUGUCCACUUGAGGCCGGCAGCAAAAGCUAUUGGAGUCACAUACACACUCAUUCAUACGGGCCGAUCUUUUCAGCAAAAAUAAACAUGUUUACGACUUGGUUCAAAAUACAGUUUUGGUCUCAAACAGGCUCAACCCGGCCUUAGACGUUUCUGGGUGAUUCUCGUGAGGCUACAUUUAUAUUUUGCACAUUUAAUGGGUGAAUUGCAAUCUACUGCCAUUUGUUGUCGAGGGGGAGAUCCACCUAGAGUUACAUUUCAUGAGGCCGAAAAUUUCAGUGCAUAUCCAUAAAAGUGAUGCUUAGGAGAGUUGCUCCAUUCUUCCCUUCUCAGGGUCCAAGAUCUGCAGAUGUACCAACCUCAGCUGAACCACUACACACAAACCAGCACCUCCCUGAGCGACUGGAUUGAUGCAACAAAGAGAAAACAAGACACCCUGCAGGCCACCAAGAUAGAGAACGUCCAAGUUCUGCAGGACCAACUCAACAACGUGAAGGUCUCAUGCUCCGCCCUUUACUGUGACAUCAUCUAACCCACCCUGGGUGCUUGUUUGGAGACCGUGUCCAUGUGUUCAACCAUCAGAGCCCUGAUGUUACCUGACCUUAUAUCUCUAUGUGUUUUUAAGGCUCUGAACGGAGAAAUCAAAUCCAAGAGAGGGACUGUGGACAGCGUGCUGAAGGACAAUGAUGCCUGUGUGGUUUCUAUCAGGGUAAGGAGACCCACAGUGAUUUUACAGACUCCAAACCUACAAAAAAAACAAUGUUUUUUUAUGGAUUAUAAUUUUUUUUAUUGUUUUACAGGAUUACGAAACAGACCUGAACUCCUACACCUCUGGUUUGGAGACUCUGCUUAACAUCCCGAUCAAGAGGACAAUGUUGAAGUCGCCAACCAUGGAUCUCAAUCUGGAGGUGAUGUCUUGAUUCUUCGUUUUUAUUCUAAUUUUAUUUCUUAACCUUAAGGACAAGAUUGAUCAGGGAAACAUCUGAGAUUCAGUGACGUUAAGUGAAGUUAUCCUGAGUAAAUCAUGACGGUGCUGUUUUUAUCUUUCAGGCGACACAGCUGCAGACGCGUUACAUGGAGCUGCUAACUCAGUCUGCUGACUACUACAAAUUCCUGGGAGAACUGCUCAAAAACAUGGAGGAUCUCAAGGUACCGAUCCUGUAUUUUUGGUGUUUGACAUCUAUGAUGGUUCUGCCCAUGAGAGCUGAGAGUCAUUACAUUCAUAGUUUUUGUGAUAUUUAUUGGAAUUCUGACUUUUGCUCUAAAAACAAGUUUUUACUAGAUCUGAAAUACGAGUUAUGGGGCUCACCAAAGGAAUAAAGCUUUAAACUGAACUCCUGCAUCCCGCCUGCCCCCAUGGUGGAGGUAAUGGUUAACCUCCAUUCCAUAAAGACUUAUGGAAGUACAUGGGCAGGAAUGAAACCAUUGUUUGAAACGGUUAUGACGUAUGGCGAGCAUAAAUAAGCCUUAAGGGAUAAAAGCUGUCAAAAAGCAGCGUAGCAGGUGCCAGUUUCACUUAGUGGAUGACUAUGGCCUUUGUGCACAGGUUAUAUUCCUCAUACUAGGCAGGUGGUCAGGGUUUGAACCCAAGCUGUGGCCUUUUACCAUCAUUACCCAGUCUCUCUCCCAGUUCUCUGCUUUAUCCACAGUCCCAGGUAACAAAGCCCCACGGGAAAAUAAAAUUGCAUGGCCUGUACAAAGGCUAUAGUCAUCAAGUGGGGCCCUGGUUUGAUUCCAAUCUGUGGCCCCUUUCCCAAAGCCACUCCCCACUUUCUCUCCCUCUGGUUUCUUGCUCUACCCACGUUCCUAUCCUCUCUAAAUAAUGGCACUAGUCAGAAAUUGUAAUUUACAAACACAAAAGUGCUGCUGCCAGACUUGCCUUCCUCACCACGUCUUCAGCAUGUCUUUGGAGUAGAUUGGUCUCUUUAUCUCUCCUUUUUUGCAUUUUUAUAUCGGUAUAUUGGUUGCACUGCAAAUGCAAAUUCAGAUGACAAAAGUGUCCCCCGAAAUAAGUUGCACUUCCUCUAUACUGAUCAUUGCUUUGUCUUCUUGUAAACACAGAUGCGUAACACCAGGAUUGACCUGUUAGAAGAAGAGCUCCGUCUGCUGAAAGACGACAUGCAAGAUCAAAAUGCCAAGAACAAAUCUUUGCAGGAAGCCCUCGGUCGCAUGCAGCUUGAGCUGUCUGACUCUAAAGAUCAGCUAGCAUCUAUGGAAGAGGUGAAAGCAGUUGCAGCGCUCCAGGUGUCUGCCAGCAAGGAUAGCCUGGGCAACACCCAGGGCAAGCUGGCAGACCUCACCGAACAGGUGGAUCGUCUCACCUACCUGCUGGAGGAAGAAAAGAGGAAGAAGAGGCUGGCAGAGGAACGCUACACCCAGCAGCAAGAGGAGUACGAGUCUGUGCUGAGGAAGAGGCAGAAAGAGCUGGAGACGGUUAGCUGGACCAAGGUGGAGUUAGAGAAGAGUGUUGCAAAUAAGGAGCAGGAGAUUGAACAGUUGCGGCGGCAGCUGGCUGAUGAGGCAGCGAGAGUGAAGGAGCUACAGAGGGAGAUUUCAAAGGUAAGGAGCCAAUGCAGUACGGAGAUCAAUAACUUAAAACUCAACUUCGAAUCCCAGAUCCAAGUUAGCCGGACAGACGUGCAGAGGCUGGCAGCCCAGAAGGAUGAGAAUUCAGCCGAGCUCCAACUGCAGUAUGACAAAGUUGAGGCAGAGAGGAGGGAACUGGAGGAUGAGCUGAGGAGGCUGAGGCUGUCCCUGAACCAAGCUGAGGAGCAAAGGAAGAGGGCAGAGGAAGAAGCUCAGAGUCAGCGAGCCGUCAUUACAGAGGAUGGACGCAGGAGGAGAGAGCUGGAGAGUAAGGUGGAGGCGCUGAUGAGGCAGAGAGACGAUGAGAGCAGCCAGUUUGAGAGUGAGCUGGCUGAAGCCAUGAAACGCCUGCAAGACAAGACUGAAGAGCUGGCUUAUGUCUCACACAGUCUGGAAGAGGAGACACGCAGGAGGAAGACUAUAGAGGAAGGACAGGCUGUUCUUGAACAGUCCUUGUCCCAGAUGCAUUCAAAGCUAGGCAAUGCAUCGAUGACCAUGACUCAGCUUCGUGAGAGCAAGGAUGAGCUUGAGAAGUUGCGUUUGGAGUUAGAGAGGGAAAGCAGAGAGAGGAGCAGAGUAGAGCAGAACAUGAGCAGGCUGCAGGGACGUAUGAAGGACCUGCAAGGUGUGAGAGAUGGGCUCGAGAGCCAGUUGGAGGGCCUGAGGGAGGCUAACCAAGAGGAAGUUGCCAGAAGAAAGCAGUUAGAAACAGAGCUUGAGACGACCACCACAACGAUGACUGAGUACAACCGCACCAUCAACACGCUACGCCAGAGCCAAGAAAACGCCAGCUUGUCAGGGAAGAAAGUUGAAGAAGACCGUCUUCGUUUACAAGGAGAGCUGGAGGAAAGCUUGAAACAGAACAAGACCUCCGAAGAGCGUAUGACACAGCUUAGUGCCGAGCUGAAGGCCCUGCAGCAACAACUCCUCCAGGAGCAGGCCAGAGUCAAAGAGGCUAACCUCAAGAACGAGAGUCUCUAUAAAACCAUAGAGGAGAGGAAUAAGGUGCUGAAUGAGAGCUCUGUUGAGCUCCAAAGACUGAAAGAGCUGACAGAAAGCCAGACCAAAGAGAGGCUGAGGCUGGAGGAGGAGAUGAGGACAGCCAAACAUGACAAAGAGGAACUCCUGAGAUCCAAACAGGGGCACGAUGAAGAGCUCUCCUCCCAGAUCACUUCCCUUCAGCUGCAGCUCCAGACCAGUGAACGCAGUAAUUUAGAUUACCGCAACCUGGUCUCAGAGCUCUCCUCGGAGAGGGAGAAACUCAAGCUGGAGGCCGAGCAAAUACAAAAGCAGGUUACAGAGGUACAUGGAAGUUUGGCUCUUAGUCCUGGAAUGGUCUCAUCUUUCCAAAUCAGAGUCCUAAGUUGGAUCAAUCAAGUAGCUAUCACUGUCUGUAGGCAAACACAUGCUUGCAUGCUGGAACACUUCUUGUAGAAGUCUUCCACUUGGAAACUCUGAUUUGAACACAUACCUGUGUAUGUGUUUAAAUAGACCUGCACGCAAAUGCCUCUCUGCUCGCCGUCUCGCUUAAGCUGUGCUGUUUGCAUGAUUUUUUUUUGCUGUUUUCUUUAGCUCUGAAUGAUUUUGAAUGCCAAUGAUGUUGUUUGAUUAUUGUUUGUCACGUUUUAGUUCUAUCAUAGUUGUCUGUAAAAUAUAUUUUGCAAACAUGUGAAUACAGCAUGAAUGCAGGCCUGAAAAGACGACUGCCAAAAUCUUCAUCGCUCAAGUCUUCGAUGCAGUUUAAAACCCUUCUGUUGUGAUCGGCAUUUACCAUUGGGCAUCGGAUAUUUGUGCUGUUUCCCAUAUUUGCAGAAUAUAGAUAAAAACUUUUUAAGGUGACGAAACUAGUGAAACUAGUUGGUUUUAGUUGUAGUGACUGUUGACAGUGUAGCGUCUGGAAGGUUUGUCUGUCUGCAGGAUUGGGAAGGUUGAAUUCACAAUAAACAUCAACAGCCUUUUAGUGGUUUUAAGUAAAACUAGCUCACGUAACACACAAAAGAACUAUUGAAAUCAAGACAGGUAACAGUAAAGGCUAUUAAAAGGGGUCCAAGAGAAAAAUGUAAUAAAGUUUAAUGGGGUACUCACACCAAGCACGAAUAAAAUCAUCUACUCGCUUGAUUAGUGCAAAUCUAGAUGCGUGAAUGAAUAAUAUUUACUCAUUUGCGCGUUAACAGUCAUUUCAACGGUAAUCCCUGCCAAUUUAACCGGUGGGAUGAAGUGAUAGACAAAGGGUUUUUUACAAUUUACCAGGUAAUCCGGCUUCCUCACUCAAUUUCCUCCAGAUUCUGUGAUUGAAGAAAAGGUAUCUUACAAUUCGGGGCACCCACACACCGACUCGACCAGUUUGUCCUCCAUUUUAGACACCUGUGAACAACCGUCUGUUUUCACACGUCACCCGGCAACCUUCGUGCUGAUUGGUCAUCGUGAUGCAAUUUGAGACAUUUUCAGCUUCUGUCCAAUUUCGCGCCAUUUGCACCUCCUGAGUCACACGAAUGAUUUUACUCGCGCUUGGUGUGUGGAGACAGUUAAAGCUCCAGGAAGGGUAUUAAGUCAUACCAAUGUUGCUCAGGUAACAUCUCUGAAAUCCAACACUGAUACAUUUCCGACAAUUAAACUUUAUAGGUAAAGUCUCAGAUAGUGGAAUGGGUGGAAGGGUGGCUAGGAUUGCUCACUGAAGGCUGCCUGCAGUGUCUGCAGACAUUAUUUGUGAUACAAUGGGAGCACAAGUGUCGGCAAAUUUCAAAAUGCCAUCAAUCUUUCUCCCUGUAGUCUCUGGUGUUUUACCUAUUUACUUUUACUUCCCAGUCUUGUAAGACAUGUUGAUUUUAUGUUUUUCUGAAGUCGUUUGUAAUAUAUUGUUCAACAGAUGCAGUUGAUCUUAAUUAUAACAUGUCUGUUUCUUUUCAUAUGUGAAUUUUGUAACUGCUUUGGUCUAAUUUUACAAGAUUUCUCAACUUAUUUUUGAGUAAACUAACUUUUUGUUAUCUAUGCUCUCUCUCCACUCUUCUCCCUCUUUUUUCUGCAGAUAACAGCCAACAUGCAAUCAAUCCAAUCCAAGUACAACGACGUUGUGUCUGAGAGAGAUGAUCUGUUGCGGAGACUGCAAAUGUCAGAAAAUGACAAAGACCGCAUCAAAAGGCUAGAGGAAGAACUCAAUCGCAUUAAGCUCUCACUAGAGUCCGAGCUUCGCAAUAAGCAACGCCUGCAGGAAGAGAUUGAGAGGUUGAAGAGGGAUUUAGCUCACUGGAAAGACCAGUUUGAAAGUAAGCAGGACCUGAUCAAGCAAUAUGACACAGACAAGGACCGUCUGGAGAGAGAAAAGAAUUCACUGAAAAGCGAGAUAGAAAGGCUGAUGAGAGAACUCAGGGAGCUUGAAGAAAUGUACAAAGGUAAGCUGGCAGCAAUCCAGAAAGAACUAAAAGAGAUGACAUCUCUCAGGCUAAGCAUGGAGGCUGAGCUGAAGAAAGCUAAAGAGGCUCCAGCCUUGGAUGCCUCCAGUGUGAUUUUUGAUGGAGUCCGCAAGAAAGUCACUGCAGACCAGUUACUUGACUGCGGUGUUUUGGACAAACCAACAUUUAGCCAGCUCGCAAAGGGGCACAAGACUGUCCCCGAGGUGGCUGCUGACAAAAAAAUCAACCUGAAAGGUACAGGACCUAUAGCUGGGGUGGUAGUUGAAGGUCAGAAAGGUCCAGGGUCUGGAAAUGGUCUCCAAUUCAAGAUGACAUUUGACGAAGCAAAGAAAGAUGAUCUUUUGCCACCGGAUAGUGUUGAUCUGCUUCUUGAUGCUCAGGCUGCCACAGGUCACAUCAUUGACCCCAGAACUAAUGAGAAAUACACAGUUGAAGAGGCGUGUGAUCAAGGUGUGGUUGAUGAAAAGGACAGAAAGAGGCUGUUGGCAGCAGAAGCUGCAGCUGUGGGUUUUAGCAGUCCUUCUGCAAGCAAACCCCUUUCAACAUUUGAGGCCAUGAAGAAAGGGCUCAUUGACAAGAACACAGCCCUGCGCCUGCUUCAGGCUCAGGAGUCUGUUGGGGGCAUCCUAGAUCCAGAACUGAGUGUGUUCCUUCCCAAGGACACAGCCAUUGAGCGUAAUCUAAUCGAUGAUAACAUAUACCGUGCUCUGAAUCAGAAGCCUGAGCUCUACCUGGACCCAGAAAGUGAGGAGGGUGUGACCUACAUGUCACUGAAGAGGAGAUGUAAGGUAGAGCUGAACACUGGCCUUCUGCUUCUUCCUGUCCCCGAGAGGGUAGAUUCAUCCAAACUGGUCUUUGAUGGUGUUCGUAAACCUGUCACAGCUAAGCAGCUGGUUGAUUGUGGUGUGCUGGACAAGCCAACUUUUAAAGAUCUAGAAAAGGGGAAGAAAUCUAUCCCAGAAGUGGCUUUGGAUAAGAAAGUCUAUCUAAAGGGGACUGGAUCAAUUGCUGGUGUGGCAGCUGGACCUGUUGGCAAGAUGUCUUUUUCAGAGGCCAAGAAGCAGAAACUCAUGCCUGUAGAAAUUGCAGAUUUGUUUCUAGAUGCUCAGGCAGCCACAGGUCACAUCAUUGACCCAGUAACCAAUGAAAAGCUUACAGUAGAUGAAGCAUGUGCCAAUGGAGUGGUGGAUAGCAAGGAUGGAGAUAGACUCUUAACAGCAGAAGCUGCUGCUGUUGGCUUCAGGGAUUUCAGUGCACCUCAGCCUCUAUCACUGUUUGGAGCAAUGAAGAAGGGAUUAGUUGACCAGAAGACUGGGUUACGUCUGCUGCAGGCCCAGGAGUGUGCAGGUGGCAUUUUAGAUCCAAACCUCAGUGUGUUCCUCCCAAAAGAAACAGCUAUCGAGCGUAACCUCUUGGAUGAGGACCUCUCUCACGCUCUAAACAAGAAGCCUGAGUGUUACAUUGACCCAGACACCCAGGAACCAACUUCCUAUUUAUCGCUGAAGAAAAAAUGCAAAGUAGAACCAAGCACAGGGCUAUUGCUUCUACCUGAACCCAAAAAGCCAGUAACUGUCCAGGGUCUCAGAGACCAGGUAUCUGUCAUGGAUUUAGUGGAUGCAAAUCUGCUGAAACGUUCUGAUAUGGACCAACUGAAGACAGGCAGAUUGACAAGCAGGGACAUUGAAGACCGUCUGAGCCCUUACCUAAGCGGUUCUACCUGUAUAGCAGGGAUUUAUGAUGAGGCCAAUGACAAGGUGUUGCCCGUCUAUCAGGCCAUGAAAGAAGGGCUGUUGCGACCUGGGACCACUCUGGAACUGCUUGAAGCCCAAGCUGCCUCUGGUUUUAUAGUUGAUCCGAUCAACAACCUUUACCUGAGUGUUGGUGAUGCCUACAGCAAAAGGCUCUUUGGGCCAGAGUACAAGGACAACCUGUUGUCCGCAGAGAGGGCUGUGACUGGUUUCAAACUGCCUGGUACAGACAAGACCAUCUCCCUCUUUCAGGCUAUAGAGAGAGGUCUGGUGGAGAAGGGUCAUGGUAUCCGUCUGCUUGAAGCACAGAUUGCCAGUGGUGGCAUAAUUGACCCUGAGCACAGCCAUCGCAUUGACACAGACGUAGCCUAUCAGAAAGGUUACUUUGAUGAGAAAAUGAACAAGAUCCUGACUAAUCCAACUGCUGAUACCAAGGGUUUCUUUGACCCUAACACAGAGGAAAACCUUACAUACAAAGAGCUUAAGAAACGCUGUAUCACAGACAAGAAAACCGGCCUCCUCGUUUUGCCUAUCCAUGACAAGUCCAAACAAGAGUCGACUCUGAGAAAGAGGAGGGUGAUUAUUGUCGACCCAGAGACAAAUAAAGAGAUGACAGUACGUGAAGCAUAUGACAAAGGAUUGAUUGACUAUGACACAUUCAUUGAGCUGUCUCAGCAGGAGUGUGAGUGGGAGGAGAUCACUAUCACUGCUCCGGAUGGUUCCACAUCAUUUCAAAUAGUUGACAGGAAGACGGGAAGAGAAUAUGAUAUAACUGAGCUGCUCGAACAAGGUGUAAUUAGUCAGUCAGAACUAAGUCAGUACAAAUCGCGUACCAUUACCCUCACCCAGUUUGCAGAUAUCAUAACAAAAAAGACCAAACAGGGAUCAUCGUCGACUUCAAGAUCCUCAGCAGCUUCAGGUAAUUCCUCAGUGACGUCUACGUCAUCCUCAUCAUCCUCCUCUAGAGCAGCAGCUUCUCCAGCAGGUUCAUCCUCAGUGACAAUAUCAUCAUCUUCUUCUUCUAGAACUUCAGCUGCCCCGGUCACGUCGUCUGUAACUUCAUCAUCAACUAUGAGAACAUCAGGGACCUCAGGUUCCUCAUCUAUGACAUCUUCAUCAUCUUCUUCUAAAACUUCAGCUGUCCCAGUCAUGUCAUCUGUAACUUCAUCAACAACUACGAGAACAUCAGGGACCUCAGGUCCAUCAUCAACUACGAGAACAUCAGGGACCUCAGGUCCAUCAUCAACUACGAGAACAUCAGGGACCUCAGGUCAAUCGUCUAUGACAUCUUCAUCAUCUUCAUCAUCAGCCCAGACCAGACCCAUGUCACCAACCCUCACCAAGUUGACCACAACAAGAACGACUGUCACAGAGCGAAGCUCUUACUCAGAGCGAAGCUCUUACUCAGAGCAAAGUUCCACAUCAAGCAGUGUUUCCCGGGACUCGCCUGACACAGUCAGAAAUAUAUCCAGUGUAUCUAUCUCUCUGGCCUCCCCUGUCAUGACGAUGGGAGAACAGGCACCUGUAGGUGCCAUUUUUGACACAGAAACUUUAGAGAAGAUUUCAAUCACAGAGGCUUUGGACCGGGGCAUCGUGGAUACCAUCACUGCCCAAAGACUGCUGGAGGCCCAGGCAUGCACGGGUGGUAUCGUCAACCCUGCCAAUGGCCAAAGGCUUGGCAUUCAAGAGGCCACACGUCAGGGCUUAAUAGAUGAGGACAUGGCCUCUAAACUCAAGCCUGCCCAGAAAGCUUAUGUAGGCUUCGAGGAUUUAAAAACCAAAAGGAAGAUGUCUGCUGCUGAGGCCAUGAAGGAGAAGUGGCUGCCAUAUGAGGCUGGGCACAGGUUCCUCGAGUUCCAGUAUAUAACAGGGGGGUUUCAGGACCCAGAAAAUGAUUGUAGGAGAUCUAUACAAGAUGCUUUGAGCAUGGGCUGGCUGGAUGCGAGAGCUGCCCAAAGGCUCCAAGACUUGAAAAGUCACUCAAAGAACCUGACAUGCCCCAAGACCAAACUUAAAAUCUCAUACAAAGAUGCUUUAGAUAACUGCAUGUCGGAGGAAAGCACUGGAGUGCGAAUGCUUCCUGCUUCAUCAAUGUCUUCCACAGGGAUCAGCAGUCCUUACAAUGUCUCCUCUGCACCUGGAUCCACUACUGGUUCAAGAAGUGGCUCCCGAAGAAGCUCCCGCAGGAGCAGUCUGGACUUAGGCUCCCCUGUCACGACAUCUAGUCGCUACAGCUUCACCUCCACCUCCUUCAGCAGCACCACCGAAUAA